CUCAUGUUUUGACAACAGAAACCACCAGGAGAGAUCAGAGUCAGAGAUUCUCAGUGGUCAGUCUUCCCAGAGUCAUCAAACAGACCUGGCCUCCAUAUUCAGUUUGCUUGAAGAGAAUAUUAUGACAUUUCUGAAGAAUGAGCUGAAGAUGUUCAAGAGGAUUCUUAGUACAGAACUCCCACAAGGCCUUGAGUGUCAGAAACAGGAUAAGGAAGUGGUGGACACUGAAGAUGAGAAGCAGGAAAGCAGUGCCAGAGAGGGGGCUCUGAAGAUCACACUGCACAUCCUGAGGAAAAUGAACCAGAAGAAGCUUGCUGACACACUGGAGAAAAAUUCAGGUGAUCCUGCUGUGAUUUGUCAACGUGAACUCAAAUCUAAUCUAAAGAAGAAGUUUCAAUGUGUAUUUGAGGGGAUCGCUAAACAAGGAAACCCAACACUUCUCAAUAAGAUCUACACAGAGCUCUACAUCACAGAGGGUGGAAAAGGAGAGGUCAAUAAUGAACAUGAGCUGAGACAGAUUGAGACAACAACCAGGAAACAAGCAAGACCAGAGACUCAAAUCAAAUGUAACGACAUCUUCAAACCCUUAACUGGACAAGACAAACUUAUCAGAACUGUGCUGACAAAGGGAGUCGAGGAAGGCUGUGCUUCUCUGGUCUCAGCUCUGAGGUCAAACCCCUCACACCUGAGAGAGCUGGAUCUGAGUAACAAUGACCUGAAGGAUUCAGGAGUGAAACUGCUCUCUGAUGGACUGGGGAAUCCCCACUGUAAACUGGAGACUCUGAGGCUGUCAGGCUGUCUAGUCACAGAGGAAGGCUGUGCUUCUCUGGUCUCAGCUCUGAGGUCAAACCCCUCACACCUAAGAGAGCUGGACCUGAGCUACAAUCACCCAGGAGACUCAGGAGUCAGACUGCUCUCUGCUGGACUGGAGGAUCCACACUGCAGACUGGAGAAACUCAAUGUGGAACAUGGUGGAGAGUACACAAUGAAACCUGGGCUUAGAAAAUAUGUCUGUGAUCUAACACUGGACCCAAACACAGUAAACAGACUCCUCUCUCUGUCUGAGGAGAACAGAAAGGUGACAUGGAGGAGAGAGAAGCAGCCGUAUCCUGAUCACCCAGAGAGAUUUGAGGACUGUGGACAGGUGCUGUGUAGAGAGGGUCUGACUGGGCGCUGUUACUGGGAGGUAGAGUGGAGUGGAAGAAAGGCUGUUAUAGGAGUGACAUAUAAAGGAAUCAACAGGAGAGGAGGGGGUCUUGACUGUCUGAUUGGAUACAAUGACAAGUCCUGGAGUCUGCGCUGCUCUGACAACAGUUACACUGCCUGUCACAAUAAUAAUCUCACAAUCAUAGACGUCCCAUCCUCCAGUCCCCACAGAGUAGGAGUGUAUCUGGACUGGUCAGCCGGCACUCUGUCCUUCUAUAGAGCCUCCUCUGACACACUGACCCACCUGAACACAUUCACCUCCACAUUCACUGAGCCCCUCUAUCCAGGGUUUAUGGUUGAUGAUGAAGACUCCUCAGUGUCCCUGUAAAUAAUAACCUGAUACAAACACUGGACUCACACACAUCGGGGACACACACACACACUGGACACACACACACACACACACUGGACACACACACACACACACACUGGACACAC